GCCUCCUGUGUCCUGAGCGUCAGCGCCUGACCUGCUGCAGAGAUGAGAGCUUCCGAGUGGAUGCGGGGGCUGGUCGUCCUCGCCUCUCUGUUUUCGGCCUGUUCCGGACAGAACCCAAUGACCGUGCUGUGCUCCAUAGACUGGCUCACAGUCACGGUUCACCCCUUCCUGCUGAACAAUGACGUGUAUGUGCACUUUCACGAGCUGCACUUGGGCCUGGGUUGCCCUCCCAACCACAUCCAGCCCCAUGCCUACCGGUUCACCUACCGCGUGACGGAAUGUGGCAUCCGGGCCAAGGCCGUCUCUCAGGACAUGGUUCUCUACAGCACCGAGAUGUACUACGCGUCCAAGGGCACCUCGUCCAAGUACGUGAUCCCGGUGUCCUGCACCGCCCCGCAGCGCUCCCCGUGGCUCACCAGGCCCUGCUCCAGGAAAGCGGCCGGCGAGGGAGUGCCCACGGCCGCGGCGGGGGAGCCCUGCUACGACGUGUUCACCUUGUCUCAGGCCGGCCGAAGGCCCACCUGCCACUGUCCGCCCUAUGUCUUCAGUGCAGGCGGGCGUACUUAGCCCCGCGGGCCCAGGCGGGGGCUCGGGAGGGCCACCUGUGCAGUAGUCUUCCUUCCUUUAUACUUCUGACGAUGAAUCUCUUCUCUCGGGUGAUCUGGCUGAGUCCAGGGAUCCCCGGGCUUGGGGGGCUCCUGUACUUGCCCUUUCUGAAAUUGGUAUGUACUAGGGACUAAUCCGUGCUCUUGUGGCCCUCUUAUGGGUAGCCUGUGCUAAUCUCAUGA